CGUCCGCCCGCCCGCUCGAGGCCCGCGGGGAGCGCGGCGCAGUCCGUCGGCCCGCGGGGGGGCGGCCUCCCGGCAUCUUCGCGGCGACCAAGGACGACCGAGGGAGGAAGCGGCCGGGAUGGCGCGUCCGCGGCCCCGCGAGUACAAGGCGGGCGACCUGGUCUUCGCCAAGAUGAAGGGCUACCCGCACUGGCCGGCCCGGAUUGAUGAACUCCCAGAGGGAGCUGUGAAGCCUCCAGCAAACAAGUACCCUAUCUUCUUUUUUGGCACCCAUGAAACUGCAUUUUUAGGUCCCAAAGACCUUUUUCCAUAUAAGGAAUACAAAGACAAGUUUGGGAAGUCAAACAAACGGAAAGGAUUUAAUGAAGGAUUGUGGGAAAUAGAGAACAACCCAGGAGUGAAGUUCACUGGAUACCAGGCAAUCCAGCAACAGAGCUCCUCGGAAACGGAGGGCGAAGGGGGAAAUACCGCUGACGCGAGCAGCGAGGAGGAAGGGGACCGAGUGGAGGAGGACGGAAAGGGCAAGCGGAAGAAUGAGAAAGCGGGCUCCAAACGGAAAAAGUCCUACACUUCAAAGAAAUCCUCUAAACAGUCCCGGAAGUCCCCCGGAGAUGAGGACGACAAGGACUGCAAAGAAGAGGAAAACAAAAGCAGCUCCGAGGGUGGAGAUGCCGGCAACGACACAAGAAACACAGCGUCAGACUUGCAGAAAGCCAGCGAAGGGACCUAACUACCAUAAUGAAUGCUGCAUAUUAAGAGAAACCACAAGAAGGUUAUACAUUUGGUUGUCUCAUAAUCUUGGAUUUGAUAUGAACCAACACAUAUUCCUUGUUGUCAUCGACAGAACCCCAGUUUGUAUGUACAUUAUUCACACUCCUCUCUGUUGUGUUUGGGGGAAAAAAAAGACAUUUUAGCCUUUUUUAAGGUUAUUGAUUUAAUUUCAUGUUAUUUGGUUGCAUGAAGUUGCCCUUAACCACUAAGGAUUAUCAAGAUUUUUGCACAAACUGAUACAUGUCUAGGGUCCUCUUAUCAAGGCGGCUGUGCUCCUCUCUCCUGCCUUGACUCCACUAUCACCAGAUCCUCAGUUAAAGAUAAAUUAGCAUUUUUUUAAAAUGACCACUCAGCAUAAUGCUUAAGGGAUCUCCUUUCUGUGACAGAACCCAGGAAGCCGUUCCUAAACACAUAAUGUUGGCAUACUGAAGACAAAAUUGAAAUUGCCCUUCAGUUUUGAGGCCAUGUGUAAAGUUUAACCAUAUUGUAAAAUAUCUAUUCCGUAUUAGAAAUAGCUAGUCAGCAGCUUAUACUUCUCAAAACUCAUGGUUAUGUACACAAACUCAGUUUUUAUAUGUGAAGUUAGUGAGUCUUUUUGUGUUAUUCUAAAAUAAAGGCAAUGAUUUAUUUUUUCCCAAUGCCAAUACAAUUUGAGCUAAUCACUCAAGGUGGAUACUUCACAGUUGAAAGCUGGAAUCAGCAGUAGCCCUAUGGGAAACCAGACAUUUUAAAUGAACCACUGUUUUCUUUUGAGCUAGAAUUAGAAUAGUUGAUAUUCAUCCACCAACCAUUAUCAUGUGUACAUUAUUGUUGCUACUGUGAUAAUAGAGACUGUAUUUAUUUUUAUGCCACAGCUUCUGCUGCGCGCGCGCCUCCAGUCAGUUUGGGUUUUAUCAGUCCUGUUAUGCUUGUCCUUGGGCCAUCUUUCACGUAUUCGAGGUUUGUAGUUGAAAAGUUUACUGUAAAAAAAAAAUCAAAAACAAAAAAAUGUAUUGUUUUUACAGAAUAAAUUUAUUGGAAUGUGUACUGGGCGUAAGAUUUGAGGUUGUAAACAACUAAGUUAGUGUAAUUUGGCUUCAUAUAUGUAAUGUGAGGUAUUAAUGUAAUUCGUAUAUUAAAGCAAAAAUUGUUAACGGCAAGUUGACAAUAGAAUCAA